CUGCCCUUCCGCCGCACCAGGAUUCACCCGCCGGGCACCCUCCCCGCUCAGCCUGUUCAACCCCAGCACAGACUGGACAUGGGGCAUCUCCCAGGUGCCCCCCACGCCCACACCUGGGCCAGCUCCUGGACAGGCCCAAUCCUGGCAGUCUGUGUCCUGUUCUCCUGCCUCCCACUGGCCGGCGCUGUUGAUUUUGGGGUGGCAGUGGUGCCCCCCCACCCGACUGUGGGGCAGACGGUGACCCUGCUGGUGGGGGGGGCCCGGGGAGUCGCCCAGAGCUGCACCUGGUACCGCAGAAGCUCCACAUCCGAGACCGAUCGGAUCCUGACCUUCACCUCCCCGGACAUGCAGAGCCAGGGGCCGGCGUCCACGGGGCGCGAAACCCUGGGGGGCGACUGCUCCCUGCGCAUUGUGGGGUUAACCCCCCAGGACAACGGGAGCUUCACCGUCGUCAUCCGCGCCAGGGGUCGGUCCCAAGCGCUCUUCGUGCGCCUGCAGCUCGCCGGGUGACCGGGCGGUGUCCGGAUUUGCUGCCCCCGACCUGGAGGUCCUGGAGCUGUUACCGGAUCCCAGCCCCUUCCCUCCAAAUCCCCCUCACCGCCCUUCCCCCACCCCAACCCCUUUCUUCCUUCCCCCCUUCCCCAGGCCCCUCCCCCACUCCCCCCAACGUCCCUCCCCCAGACCCCUCCCAAAUCUCCCUCCCCCCCAAUAACCUCAAUAAAAGCCUCGGAACUGAGCCG